UCAGGCCACACAACGUUUCUUUCCUGUGCUCGUCAUAUAGUUCUAGAGUCCGGAGAACAGUGUCCUCGGGGUAAGAUGGAGGGGAGAGAGGAGGAUGUGAGGGUGGGAGCAAACAAGUUCUCGGAGAGGCAGGCAAUAGGGACAGCUGCCCAGAGUCAGGACAGGGACUACCAGGAGCCACCACCAGCUCCACUGUUUGAGCCAGCGGAGCUCAGCUCAUGGUCCUUCUACAGGGCUGGCAUAGCAGAAUUCAUGGCCACCUUCCUCUUCCUCUACAUCAGCAUCCUCACCGUCAUGGGUGUGGUCAAGUCCAACACCAAGUGCUCCACCGUGGGCAUCCAGGGGAUUGCCUGGGCCUUUGGUGGCAUGAUCUUUAUCUUGGUCUACUGCACCGCUGGGAUCUCAGGUGGCCACAUCAACCCGGCUGUGACCUUUGGGCUGCUCCUGGCCAGGAAGCUGUCCCUGACCAGGGCUCUGUUCUACAUGGUGAUGCAGUGUCUAGGUGCCAUAUGCGGUGCGGGCGUGGUGAAAGGGUUUAAGAAGGGGCUCUAUGAGAACAAUGGAGGUGGAGCGAAUGUUGUGGCCCCUGGUUACACCAAGGGUGGUGGCUUGGGUGCUGAGAUUGUUGGCACCUUCAUCCUGGUUUACACAGUCUUCUCUGCCACUGAUGCCAAGAGGAGUGCUAGGGACUCUCAUGUGCCUGUUCUUGCUCCCUUGCCUAUUGGAUUUGCAGUGUUCCUUGUUCACCUGGCCACCAUCCCCAUCACCGGCACUGGCAUCAAUCCUGCCAGAAGCCUUGGAGCUGCAAUUGUUUAUGACAAGAGCCAUGCAUGGAAUGAUCAUUGGAUUUUCUGGGUUGGACCAUUCAUUGGAGCUGCUCUUGCUGCUAUGUACCAACAGAUAGUUAUCAGGGCAAUCCCAUUCAAGAGCAGGCCAUGAGCUUUCUUAAAAUUUCUUGGUCUCUGUCGUGUCUCCUUUAUCUAUCUUGUCUGUGGCUUUCCUCCGUUAUGCUUCUCUGUAUUGCACCACAAUUGUUGCCUAGUGUGUGUAUUUAAUGUCGCUAUGUUGCUAUAUGGUGGUUCUCUGUAUUGCAGCAAAAUUGUUGCCUAAUAUGUAUAUUUAAUAAUGCUAUGUUGCUACCUGUGUUUGAAGUUUA